CAACACUUUAAGGAGACAAAUACAGAUUUGAUAGAUUAAACAAAAUUUCAAAUUGGAACCCGAGAAAUGCUGCCUAUCGAUCCGACGAAUGAAACCGCCUAUUCAUUUGUGGUUUUUGGCGCUUCAGGUCAUUUGGCGCUCAGUAGAAUCUUUCCAGCACUAUGGCAACUCUAUCGGGACAAUCGUCUGCCGCAGGGUACUAAAAUAUUCACCUUUUGUCGAACCCAAAUAGAGCUCGGCAAGUAUCGCAUCAAGUGUGUGCCCUACAUGGGUCUCAGCAAGGAUCGCGACCCAUUGAAGUACAACAGCUUUUGGACCAAUGUGCACUGCUGCUGUGGCAAAUACGACAACCCAGAGGACUACGAGGACCUCACAGCAGCGAUGGUGCGACAGGAGAUGAAGCACAACAUGUCUCUGGCCAAUCGGAUAUUCUAUCUGGCAAUUCCGCCCAUCGUCUUCGAUCAGGUUACGCUCAAUGUCAGCCGGAAGUGCCUGACGAUUACGGGCUGGAAUCGUGUGAUUGUCGAGAAACCCUUUGCAAAGAACGAACUCACCUAUCGACCCUAUCAGACACAGCUCUGUCAGACGUUCAAGGAGUCGCAGAUCUACAUGAUUGACCACUACCUGAGCAAACAGGUGAUUCAGAAUCUGUUUGUGGUACGCUUCACGAAUCACAUCUGGUCGGAGACGUGGAACAACAAACACAUUGCAGCGAUUAUGAUCAGCGUGAAGUGUGAGAAGCCGGUGCGAGCUAAGGCCGAUUACUUCAAUCAGUUUGGCAUCAUCAGGGAUUGCAUGACCAAUGACAUGAUGCAGCUGCUCGCGAUGCUGACCAUCGAGCAGCCGUACAGCAACUAUGUGGAGGACAUGCGAGACGAGAAGCUGAAGGUCCUCAAGCAGAUCAUCACACUGGACAUGAGCAAUGUGGUACUGGGUCAGUAUAGCAACAAUGGCAUGGAGACCGAUCCCAUCAAGGUGGGCUACACACAACACUCCUACAUACCCAACGAGUCACUGACACCCACCUUUGCCAUGGCCACUCUGCGCAUCCAAAGCAAACGCUGGACGGGAGUUCCGUUCAUUCUUCGGGUGGGCAAAGCCCUCAAUGAAAGCAAAACGGAGGUGAGAGUCCAGUACAAAUCGAUGGAUUGUGAUCAUAGAGAUGAUAAACAGAUCAUUCCUAAUGAGCUCGUCCUGCGCCUGUCGCCACGGGAGCAGCUCUUCAUGCGCAUGAUGCUUAAGCAGUCGGGACAGAAUCUUUGUCUCCGCGAAACGGAACUGAAUCUUAUGCGAUGGGACAGAACCGUGCCCGAUAAUUUUCCGAGUCUAUUGCUGGACGUCUUCGCCGGCAAUCAAAUGCUCUUCAUGCGCACCGAUGAGCAAUGUGAGAUCUGGCGCAUCUUCUCGCAGGUGCUGGACUUCAUCGAUGUGCACCGACCCAAGCCGCUGCUCUAUGACUUUGGCUCCCGGGGACCAAUGGCCGCCUACGAAAUGGCAGCCAGGCAUGGAUUUAAAUUCUAUGAAUCGGACGAGUGGCAUGCGAAGAGAACCAGCUCAGCUGACUCAGCCGAAGCUGAUCCCAGUCGAGCUCAGCAGACGAUGCCCAAUUGGAUGAGUUCCCCUACAAUGAGCUAGCAUAGUUUUCUGUUGUAGUCGGUCCACAUACAAUACUAUACAUAUUUGCCAUAAAUUAAUUCCACACUUGCAAAUCUCAAA